CGUUUGAUUUCUUCCUCCCCUUUUUAUGAGCGCCCUCCUCCCCAGGUGCACAGAGAAAGCUUAGCAGCUCAGCACCUCCCCUUUUUCUUCUUUUGAGGAGCGAAGGGUGGCUAGAAGUAGAGAGAGCGGGAAGGGGUGAAAUGGAGGGAAAAAUGCUGCCAUUGUGCUUUUUUUUCUGCCUCAUCUCGUUGCUUCUGUGCGAGGCAUCCCCUCCUUCCACGCAGACGUUCCUGCCGAAGUCUCAACCGGCGACGGUGCCGGCAUUGCCGGAGCAGUCGAACAUGGAGGGGUGCCCGCUCGACCUGUCGGAGGAGCUCUUCAAGGGGAUCCGCGCGGCCUGCGGUGGGGAGAACCCGGAGAGGGCGCGGUGCUGCCCGGUGCUGGCAGCGUGGCUAUACGCGGCAUACGCGCGGACGGCGCUCAGCCCGCCGGUGCGGCAGCCGGAGUCCGUGUUCGACAUGCCCAUCCUGCCGGACGACUCGGAGAUGUGCGUGGAGAACCUCCAGAAGGCGCUCAAGAGGAAAGGGAUCGAGAUCCAGCAGCCCAACUCGACUUGCGACGCCUACUUCUGCUACUGCGGCAUCAGGCUCCACAGGCUGAGCGGGCCAGUGGGCUGCCCAGGGGCAUUCGACGUUUCGGACGACGGCAAGCUGGUGGCGGCGCCCGCCGCGCUUCAGCUCGAGAAGGACUGCGUCCGGUCAGGCGUCGCUGGUUGCUCCAAGUGCUUGAAGAGUCUCUACAAGUUGAACGGGAAGGGGAACUCGACGGCAAGGGUGCCGAGGCCCGACGAAGAGGAGGGAGGAAGGAGGAAGGGGAAGAUGCAGCGCAGGGAGUGCGAGAUGAUGGGACUGACGUGGCUCCUCGCCCAGAACAAGACGGCCUACGUCCCGACGGUCGCGGCGGUGCUCCGGGCAUUCAUGGCCAACGACGCGGCCGGCAUCGACGACGACGCACCGGGCCCCCGGUCCUGCAGCGUCGACAAGGACGGUAUGCCUCUGGCCGUCGAUUCGUCUGAGCUGGACACAUCCGAAGCGUCCCAUCUUCCGAGACCAUCUUCUCCUCACCUCCCCUUUCUCGUCUUCAUCCUAUGGAUCACCAGUAAUUUUCUCCUCCUCCUCCAUUAGAUCGAUCUCAUUAGAAAAGGGGCACUGGUUCUUUGCUCGUGGUCAGCACCGCGCUCUGACCUCUCUGUUGUAAAUACAAGUUGGAUGUACCCUCAUUUUGCCUCUUUUGCUCGCCCCUCUUGUUGGCGUUUUCGUUAAGGACAUGAAUUUUGCAGAAAAUUAUGCAGUUAUUUGUAGCCAGUAAAGGGGAAAACGCGUCGCGAAA